ACGUCAAAGCGCUAUUUAAAAAUGGUUGUCUCUGUGAUCAUACACAAACAAUAAACAGUGGACUUUUUUCACUCAAUUUAGAUAUUAAACAAACAAAAUACAGACCGGAAACAAUGAACAAUAAAUCGAUGAAACCUUUAAGUAGUUAAUGUAAUUAAUGUUAGUCCGUACAGUGUCGAAUAUAUUUGAAACGAUGGCCUAAUUUUCUCGAGUGGCAGCGGAGCGCAAGAAAUAUAAUCCGAGUAAAACAACAACUAAACGAACCGCAGAGACUGAAUCAUUUUGCAGCAAUCGCCAAUACUGUCACAUUCCAAUAGAAGUAAAUCCCAAACUCACGAUUGCUUUUCCGCGGACGAUAAAAACUUACAUCCUUUCAAUGACGAUGAACAAGAUCCUGUUGGUAUUGAUUGUUGCCAGCGGUUUUCUUCUGAUAUUCUACGCCAACAAUGACAUUUUGACGAGAAAGAAAUUGUUUAGCUUAUUCCAGUCGGACUACGGACACAACAGUGCAUCCAAUCAUAAUGAAACGACAAAUUCAGAUAUACGGCGAGUUAAAUAUGUACCGAAAAAUGCGACCGAAUACAACAUAUUUGUGAUAUAUACGCAUGAGACGUUCGUAUUGAAAACGAAAUUCGAGCUGUUCUUGAAGAGCUUACUGAAGUACGCGAGCAUACCGUUGCAUCUUCACAUAGUCACGGAUGAACGAAGUGAAUUGUCUGUCGAGGAUGUGCUGAAGAAGGAAAUAAACGAAUACAAAAGGGUGGUCUUUUACACGCUGUACAAUAUGGCAGAUAAUGCUGCUAAAAUUAGUGAUAUUUCGAAGGCAAUGAUGCCUCAUUUCAACUCAAAUCCUGGUUCAUACUACAGUGAUGCCUUAUUUUAUCUAUCACUUGGCUUGCAUCGGAUUGUCGAUCCCAAUAUGAGCAAAGCAAUUUUAAUUGACUGUGAUGUGGUUUUUCGUAGUGAUGUAAAGCGGUUAUUUGACGAAUUUGAAAGAUUCUCAACGGAAAAUCUGUUCGGACUGGCACCGGAACUAACGCCUGUCUAUCGACACAUACUGUACAAAUAUCGCAGAUUCAAUCCGAACACGAAUUUUGGUAAUCCAUACUACCCGAAUUCAAAAUCGAAAUCGAAACGGCGUAAGAAGAAGCACGGCUACCCCGGCCUGAAUUCCGGCGUUGUGAUGCUCAAUUUUGAUAAAAUUCGAAAUUCGAAAUUGUUCCAAGAAAAUUUAAAGGCCGAAAAUGUGAAUCGUAUCGCGAAAAAGUAUUGGUUUAAGGGCCAUUUGGGUGAUCAGGAUUACUACACAUUGCUGGGCUAUGAAUUUCCCAGUUUAAUUUAUCGCUUGGACUGUAUUUGGAAUCGGCAGCUGUGCACGUGGUGGAAAACUCAUGGGUACAGUGAGAUUUUCGAUGCAUUUUUCCAUUGCGAAGGUAAAGUGCGACUGUAUCAUGGUAAUUGUAAUACUCGCGUACCCGAAUGAUAUGUGCAAUAGUUUCAGUCGGAUAGUCUACAGGAAAGAUCUGAGUCUCUGUUCUUACAGUCGGAUGACGGAUUGUUGUGUGAGUGGCUAGAACCCGAAGUAGAUAACUGUCUCUCUUUAAGAUGCUCGAUCU